CAAGCGCGCGCUUUAGGGCGGAAGCGAGAGUCCGCAGCAGCACGUGGGGUCUGGGGCGAUGGAGGGGGCGAUGCUGGCUGACGCCAAGAUCCGCACUGAGUCCGGAACAGAGUCUGGCCCACGGGUCUCGGGCUGCAGCCUCCGGCACUUUGCGUGUGAACAGAACCUGCUCUCCCGGCCUGACGGCUCUGCUUCUUUCCUGCAAGGGGAUACGUCGGUCCUGGCGGGCGUGUAUGGGCCAGCCGAGGUGAAGGUCAGCAAAGAGAUCUUCAACAAGGCCACCCUGGAGGUGAUCCUGCGGCCAAAGAUCGGGCUGCCUGGCGUCGCGGAGAAGAGCCGGGAGCGGCUGAUCAGGAACACGUGUGAAGCUGUGGUAUUGGGAACGCUGCACCCCCGCACCUCCAUCACUGUGGUGCUGCAGGUCGUCAGCGAUGCUGGCUCUCUCCUGGCCUGUUGCCUGAACGCCUCCUGCAUGGCCUUGGUGGACGCAGGGGUGCCCAUGCGGGCCCUCUUCUGUGGGGUCACCUGUGCUCUGAACUCUGACGGCACCCUUGUGCUGGAUCCCACAGCCAAGCAAGAAAAGGAGGCCCGGGCAGUCCUGACCUUUGCGCUCGACAGCGUGGAACGGAAGCUGCUGAUGUCUACCACCAAGGGGCUCUACUCCGAUGCUGAGCUGCAGCAGUGCCUGGCCGCGGCCCAGGCUGCCUCGCAACACGUCUUCCACUUCUACCGGGAAUCGCUGCAGAGGCGUUACUCCAAGAGCUGAGACAAGCCGGGGCAGGGCGCCCCUCCCGUGGCCGCCGCCGCCCCCCACUACCUCCACGGAAAAUAAACCAGCAGCCGGCCUCGCCUCUCA